GGUCACGUGACCCCUUAUAUUUGACACUUGACGCACACUUAUGGAUGUUUGAAUAAGCAAGGUGGGCAUUGCCAAGCUUCCUGCCACCGCUGUACGACCUGACUUCAGCUUUGGUACUACUCCAACAACUAGGCAACAGUACUUUAAACAGUAGCCUUACUACCGUAAAAUUAUGCAGACCGAGUUCCCUUUCGAUACACGUGUACGGAGCAUCUUCCACUUAGUUAUAUGACGUUAGAAGUCACUAGCUGAACACACAGCAGGCCCAACGACAAUCUAGAUAUGACUUCACCGGCGGUAUCAGCACUUUCCCUCGAGCCGACAAAUAUUCAUUCAGUCGAGUCACACGAGUUGAAAUUGCUAACAAACCCUUCGCCAAAUCCCGUUUCGGUGCCCGAUGAGAGCGGACCUCUUGGGUCUCAGUCUGAAAUUGCCCCUGAGAGAAAUCACCAACGCAACCAGAUUUUGCGGAGCUGGAUACCUGAGAUAACGUCAUUUCUCGGUUCUCUGCUGCUUUUGGUUGCCAUCGUCGUAGUGCUUCGAGCGUACGAUGGAAUCCCGCAACCGGAGUGGGCUACAGGCAUAAACCUCAAUUCUCUCAUUGCAAUCCUCUCAACAAUAUGCCGAGCAACGAUGCUGGUUGUGAUAGCCGAAGUGAUUAGUCAGCUCAAAUGGAUUUGGUUCGACAAGAUUCGACCGUUGGGUGAUCUGGAAAUGCUAGACCGUGCAAGUCGUGGCUUUUGGGGCUCGCUGCGUUUGCUGUUCUCGCAUAUUCGACUGCCUUUCGUAAUGAUUGCAGCCUUCGUCGUCGUCGUGUCCGGAGCCUUCGGCUCCUUUACCCAGCAAGCCAUCCGCACAUCUCUGUGCAAAGUACCAGUGCUUGGUUACAACGCGACUGUGCCCGUCGCACACUACGUGGAUUCAGUUGAAGAUGCGUACGUGUUCCAGAGCCAUGGACCUGUCUCUUUCCAACUUGGAAAUCCCAUGAAAAGCGCUCUAGUCAACGCACUUACAACUGCCGAUGAUGGGACGAGCAGGCUAAAUUUUAAUUGUCCAACUGGCGACUGCACAUUUCCAGACCAGGGAGAAGGGUUGUCAUAUUCAUCCAUCGGGAUGUGCAAUGAGUGUGUCGACAUUACGUCGUCUGUACGGCAGUGGCCGGGUCAGAAUGCGUCUUACAUAGACCAAAUGGGCCUCAAUCUUACGAUUACGGGCAUGAAUAAUAAUCAAUCGAUAGCUGCUGCUUUCACAGGCUACUGGUCGAGUAUAACAGCCGAACAGCCGACGUACGAGUCCCUCUGGGGCGAAGAUUCAACUAGCCAGAGGGUCACUUAUCUGACGUUUACAUGGGCACCGUGCACUAUCAACGAGACAGACCCGGUUGCCGGAGGCGAUCGAAAUAGUGGCUUAUUUUACAACUGGAUCUGCCCGAAGUCGGACUACCCCUAUAUUCCAGACAUGGAAAAUUCGCUCGCCGUAUUGGCUGUCAAUUGCACCUUCUACCCCUGCUUGCGGAACUACAAGGCCAGAGUGACGAACGGGAUACUUCAGGAAACAACAGUCUCGCACAUCAGAAUGAAAGGAAACUCAAGUUUAUUCGAUAACCCUAGCGCCUUAAAGGAGCCAUGCUUUAUUGACGGACUGCGCUAUGAUGCGAAGAACAUAUCAGAAGUCCCAAAUAUCAAUGAACGAAAUUUCACCAGUAUCUGGAAGAGUGGAGAAGUGGUAGAAGCACCGACGGAGUGCGUUUAUCGCUUGUCCUCUGUGCUCGCUCAAGGGAUAACUCAAUACAUGCGCGACCGUUUCUUCGAAGCACAAUGCUGGUGGGAUUCUAAUAACUACAGCAGCAACCUUAGCCACGUUAGUUGCCCCGAUGAGGCCUGGUGGCUGGACGCAUUAUUUAAAAAAGGAUUUGCGACAUUUGAUACUGUCGAUUCACUCAUGCGCAACGUCUCCGUUGUGGCAACCAACCGUUUGCGAACGGUGGGCAUCGACGGGAACUGGAGAGCUCCAGAGUAUGCCCUUGGAACUGUCUGGAACCAAACGGUUUGCACAAAUGUCGACUGGCGGUGGAUCGUUCUUCCCGUCUCAUUAGAGUUCCUGACGUUUUGUGUUCUGGUUGUCGUCGUGGGCCUGAGCUGGCAAGAGAGAGAAACUAGACCUGUCUGGAAAUCCUCGGUCCUCCCACUCCUGUUCCAUGGUCUCAAGACGGAUGAGCAGCGCACAACAUUCGCAGACACAACGUCCCGAGGAGAAGAAUCAGAUGCGCCGACUCAGCUUCGUCCGAUGCAAGAUCGAGCACAAACCAUGGCAGUGCGUCUGAUCACAGAACCAGGCAGUUCGGGAUUCCUGGUCGAGGGUGCACUGCUAGGUAAAGAAAAACGUCGACUGAAUACUUUAAAUCGAGGGAAAAUUCACCGGUGCAGGGAUGCAGACUUAGAUUCGCUGUUAGAAGUCUCCUUGCCGCUAAGGGCAAGCGGAUCCGCCCUAGGUGAAGAUAGUAUCACUCACGGGAGAUAAUAAAUGUGAA